AUUUCCUUUCUGACAGGGAACGCAACAUUAGGUUGUCGCUGUCGUGAAGCAGCUAGUCAGCUAUGCUAAACCGUUACAAUUGACCUCUAUUUUGAGAUUAUCAACCGUAAUAAGUAUGUCUUUUAAAAGGGAAGGUGACGACAAGAGUCAAUUGAACAUACUGAAGAAACGCCGUGUUGCAGAUCUUCUGUCUAAUUAUAUUCCAGAAGAUGAAGCAGCUCUUAUGAAUAAUGGAAGAUACACUUGCCUUGUGUGCUCUUACCGUCCUGUCUUUGACACGGUGGACACGCUGACAGUCCACAGAAACGGGAAGAAGCAUCUGGAGGGUUUAAAAACAUUCUAUGGAAAGAAAGCACGGCUAAAGAAUGAAAUUACGAAAAGGCACCAUGAGAAAUACGUUGAGGCUGAAGACACAAGACAGGAACCCUCCUGUUCAGCUCCUCUUUUGGAACAAACACGGAAGCUUACACAUCAUGCCCUAUUGAAAACUGUCCCUUACAACAGCUGCCAUACAAAAACCAGCACAAAAGGUGGAAAAGGAGCGCUGAGAGUUGACUCAGAUCCCAGUGACAACUCUUCUAGCACAGCAGCGUCUGAAGAGGAUAGGAAAACUGAAGUUUCACAAAGCACUUCUAGUCGCUGCACAGCAGCCAAUGAAGGUCGACAUCCAGGUGUGAAAGGAGCUGAGUCAGCAGAGCCGAUAACCUCCCAGAGGAGGAGAGAGCUGGAGCAUUACCUCAAACUCAAAAGUGCCGGGUGGUUGCGAGAUCGGAGCGGCCAGUGGGUGAGAGACGAGAACGUGGAGUUUGAUUCAGACGAGGAGGAGGCUCCAUCGCUUUCCCCCCUACCCACAAGUACCUGAGAACUGUGGGGAAACACAGAUGAGCUUGUACCGUAGUGGAACAUUCAGACAACGCGGUGCUGUUGGAAGCAACCGCUCCACAUGCUCAGACUUUCUAAAACACUUCAUUAAACGCUGAUGUUUUUCUAUGCCGUAUUGAUCUUGGGACUCACUUCCUGGUUGAAAUAACAGCCUGCUAGUCCCCAUCAGCUGCUACUGUUUACCAUUUGACAACUGAUUCUGUAUGUCAUAACAUUAGAUUUACAGAAUCAGACCCUACAGUAUGAACAUCUCUUUUGUUUUUUAUAUCAAAUUGCUGUCAAUUGUGACAUAAAGCAGAUUUUAAGAAUGAAAAAGCUCCUUUGAGAUCAACUUAACUCCAACAACGGUUGUGUCCUAAAGUCCAAAAUACAUUUAUAGAUAAUUCUGAUUAACGACGACAUUGUUUCACAUCCCUUCAUCAUAGUCUGAAGAAAACAGAUUAUAUAAGUCUCUUUAUUUGGAGGUAAAAGGAGUGAGUGACGUCAGCCAAAAGGAUAUUAAUCAUCAGUCUUUGUACAGGAAACUACGGCAAGCACAGUAGGUCAAAGUAAAAGCCACUGUGAGUUGUAGGUGCUAAUUUAACCCGAAGCCAUCUUUUUUUACUUCUAAUAAAGGUUUUAUUUCUCAUUAA